UUUAAAGUUUAGUUACCACAAAUAAUGUCUCCUUGAGCUAUGUAUUCCAGUGACAUACGUUUAGUUAGAGGCGGAACUGUUAAAUGGUCUUCCACGAGAUGCCAGAAGGUUCAUAUAUUAAUGAGUAUCCACCUAUUGCCAUUUAUUCAACAGCGAAAGUAAAUUGAGAUGCGAUCAUUUUCAGUUCAGUAUGGAGGGUGUCCCAAAAGUCACUAUACACUUCCUUUUUCCGUUUAAGGUAUCAGCUUAGGUUUUGCCGUUUUUGUAAUAAUCUGGCUCACCGAACUUCUAGAGCAGGCGUUUGAGUUCCAGUGCAGCCCUCCACAUAGACUUUCCCUGGCUUUGCACAAAAGCCUGCUGUCGAAGUUUGAAACUUCUUGCCAGGCGGCAGUUUUUCCCCAAUGUCAAUUGGUGAGCCUUGGACAAGGGAAUGAUAGACUGACUGUCAAAUGCUGAUGGCCUCGUGUCUGUCCAAAUGAAAACAAUAUAUUUUUUUUAAAAGUAACUUUUGGGACACCAUGUACUGUAUACAUUUCUUGUGACAGUUUUGUCUAGUGGUGUGCUGUGAGAUUUUUUUAUUAAUUUAUUUUUUAAAAUUUUUUUAUUUGUAUUUUUUUUACACGUAAAAUAUGUGCCUGGGCUCAAGAAAGGUUGGGAAACACUGCAGUGUAGGAAAUAUACCGUAACUAAGAGUUCUAUCACUUUGGUCUACAUACUGUACCAUCAAAUCUUGACUUGUCUUAUCCCCGAGUUGACUGUUGCUUUCCUUCUAUUGAGGUUCGCAAAAGAGAUCAAUAUGGUAUUGAAUCCCGUGGCAGGGACGGACUGAGUGAAUGUCACCGAGCAAGUCGCUGUUCAUGUAUUGUUCUUGCACCACGCGUGCGCCCCUUCGCCGUGUGUCCUCUUAACUCCGAAUGGCGAAAUGUGGUCCGCUCACGUCGGCACAAACGAGAUUGCAUUUAUCCCAGUCCGUCUUCGCGAGUAUCUCCCCAAUAAAGUGCCAAGUGGUGUAUCGCUGUUUUGAGACCUAAAUGGACCGUAAUGGUCCAGUUGCACUCGCGGGCACAUAAUGGGCAGACUUGUUCACACAAACAUGCCCACGCUUGCAUACACAAAUACUGUGAAAUCACUCAAGCCAUGCCCUGAAAUCCCCAGUGUGAGUCUAUUUUAACAUUCCCUUCUGUCUCCUCAUCGUGGUGCCUUCUCUCAUCUUUCUUCCCCACUGCUCUCUUCUCCUCUGAUUGGCAGCUCUUUGCAGUGCUUCAACCCAAUCAGCUAAUUGCUCAUUUGGACCUAAUUAGGAGCAUGAUCGGCUGACUGCAUUAGCAUAAAUGACUGAUUUGGGAAGGCUCCAUCUCAAUCCGGAGCUCAUUCUUUUCAUGGCGCUCGAUAAAGCGUGAGAACCACCCAUGAUUUUCCAACAAAGAAGCCUCUAUUCACAAGGUCUUGGAUAAAAAUGAACAGUUGUUGGCCAUAUCUUUCAUUUGGAGUUGUGCCUUUGAUGGCUGCUCUGUCACUCAUAGUGGCAGAUAUUGUCUCGCCUUAUUUUGCCUGCUGAAUUGAGUAUUGAAACCAGAAUAGAAGCAGGAGGAAACCGUGCCUGUAUUGAACUCAUUGUGAGGAGAUGUCAUUUGUACGAGGAGCAGACAUCCAGAGGCAGAACAAAGAUUUCUGUGUGUGUGUGGGGGGGGGGGGUAUAUUACAAUUUGAAAAGCCACUCAGAUGCAAGCUGUCAAGUGAAAUUAAAUUUUUCCUGCUGCUGCUGUCAAACUUCUCAAUGUAUACACGACAUCUUCAUCCUCCUUUGGCUGCUUGGCCACUUUCCAAGCAGCAACAUCUGUUUGCAUAUUACCAGGACGCAACCUGUGCUGGCUGUUUUUAGGCCACUCUGUGCACUCAUGCUGACACGGGCACUCCAAUAUAAGAGCAAAAGUGGACUCCCUCUGAACUUUUGAAAAGCCUUUCUCCUUUAGGUUAUUAAGGUAAACACUGGAGGACCGCCUAUUGUGACGAACCAAGACUCGACUUGUGAGCCGUAAUUAAAGACAACAUCGCUUCGCAGGCAAGGACGCAGAUUAACUUCACAGUGGCCAUUGACUUCACUGCUUCCAAUGGUAACCCAGCCCAGCCCACCUCCCUCCACUACAUGAGCCCCUACCAGCUGAACGCCUACGCCAUGGCCCUGAAGGCGGUCGGGGAGAUCAUUCAGGACUACGACAGCGACAAGAUGUUCCCCGCGCUCGGCUUCGGAGCCAAGCUGCCGCCUGAUGGGCGGAUCUCCCACGAGUUUGCUUUGAACGGGAACCCUCAGAACCCUUACUGUGCAGGAAUAGAUGGGGUGAUGGAAGCCUACUACCAGAGCCUGAAGUCAGUCCAACUAUACGGACCCACCAACUUCUCCCCUGUGGUUAACCAUGUUGCCAGAUAUGCGGCAUCAGUGAAAGAUGGCUCGCAGUAUUUUGUUCUCCUCAUCAUCACGGACGGUGUAAUCUCCGACAUGGCCCAGACCAAGGAGUCGAUUGUCAACGCUUCCUGUCUGCCCAUGUCGAUCAUCAUCGUGGGGGUUGGACCUGCCGAAUUUGACGCCAUGAUUGAAUUAGACGGCGAUGAGGUCCGAAUUUCAUCCAGAGGAAGAUAUGCGGAGAGAGAUAUUGUUCAGUUCGUCCCGUUCAGAGACUACAUUGACCGGACGGGGAAUCACAUCCUGAGCAUGGCCCGUCUCGCCAAGGACGUCUUGGCCGAGAUUCCGGACCAGUUCCUCUCCUACAUGAGGACCCGUGGGAUCAAGCCAGCACCCGCGCCGCCUCCCUACACGCCUCUGGGACAGCCCCUCCAAACGCAGAUAUGAAGAAAAGCAAAGGUUUUCAAUUUUUCGGAGUCUUUUAAGUCUCGCUCUCCAUGCCUGUGUGUCGUGGAUCUCGGUGGUCGUUCUCGUUUUCUGGAGCAGCUGCAUGCCAGGCCGGGGAGUGUGGACUGGAGUCGGGUGUUUACUUCGGCUGUCGCGCAUUCCUGUCACUGUCUGGAAUCUUUUCUUUGUAUUUUUUUAGCCUGGAAAAAAAAACUCGCAUUGAGAUGUUGAAGAGAAAAGAAGCAGAAGAAGCAACAGCAGGUUUCUUUUGAAUUAAAAAAAAAAAAGAAAAGAAAAGAAUGUCCCCACACAACACAAAGGAAUCAUAACUGAACAAUAAUUUCUGCUGUAAAUAACUCACCUCUUUCUGUCUCUCUUGGCUCUCAAAAUAACUCACUGUUUACAGUAAGGAUUUUUACUGUUCAUACUUUUAUACUUUCACUAUCAAGCUUGUGAUAUUCUCACCUUUCUCUCUCUUUCCUGACACGUGCGUCAGGUAGCAGCAGUGCAGGUCCUGGUAGCCCUUCUGUACCGUACCGUGCCGUACCGUACUCUACUGUACCCCUGGUGUUUCCGAACAUUUUUGCAUGUGUAGCCUGGACCACGUGCAUGCAUCUAGCCGCCCCGCACUACCUCUUCCAACCAUGCGUCUGUAUUGAGGUGGGUUGUGUGUGUGAUAGAGAGUUCGUCUCUCUGUCUGUCAGUCUUCCUUCUAACAAUGUCCCCUUUCUCUGCUGUGUUUCCAUCCAUUCAAACUCAUGCUCCAAUGUGCUGUUGCCCAUAUAUAUUGCACGUAUCGUAAUGUUGUUUAUUUUGCCUUUUGAACGCUAUUAUAGCUCUUUAGUUAAUGCCACAGUGGACUUAUUGGAUUUAUUAUUCGCUCAUUCACUGCCACUGACGGCUGUUGAAUUCAAAUAUCCACGUUAACAUGGAGGACUGGCAGUGAAUGAGGCAUACUAAUAAUCUCAUAAAAUGUACUACAGAAUCCAUCAUUAAUCUCCAUGAAAACGUAUGAUGCAUGGUUUUGUUUUCCCCAAACCUUUUGGGACGCCCUCUUAAUCUUAGCACCAAUUAAACCUAAUUACCAUGUGUACACGAAUUAAAGUGUCCUUUUAUCGAGAAAAUCAUAUUUAUGCGGUAUCAUAUUUAUGAGGGGAAAAAAAGGUUACAAAUUUAAAGAGUAUUGAUAAAGUUGUUUCCCCCCCCCCCAAGAAAAAUAUUGUAAUCUUUAUUUUGCCUUCCAAAAGCCACUAUGUGCAUGCUUACCAAUGGGAAUAUAAUAGCAAUACUCAAGGACCAUUUUUAAUCAAUUCAAUUUAAUUCAAUUUUUGCUUUAUUUUUAGACUUUAUUAUCCUUAUGAAUGGAAACACAGUUGCUCUCUGUCUCUUCUCGGCCUUGGCAGUGAUGCCCACAUGCUCGGGGGUUUGUAUAUAUGUAUGUGUGUUUCUGUGUGCGUGUGGUCGGAGCAUCACUUCUUAUGUUAAAAAAAAAAAGACAACAGCUGCUCUCAAACAUUGUUUGAGCAUAAAGAGCCCAGUGGUCAAAAAUGCAAAGAAAAUACACAUUUUGUCAACUAUCCCAAAACAAAAAGUGUAAUUGAUUUGAUUUUGUUUGAUUUUGUAUUUUAUUUUUUUAUUUUUCCCUUGAAUGUCAAGCGAUUGAGCAGUGAGUGGACGAUGAGAAACGUUGAUUAUCAGACUGUGAUCAAAAGUAUUUAAACUGACUUAAGAAUGCAACAUGUCGAGCUUGUAUUCUUCAUAUAUGUGAAGGAAUCAUUCAUUGUACUAAGUUUAUUUUGUCCCAUCAGCAUUCUAAAUUACCCAUGUAUUUUCCUUGGCAAAAAAAAAAAAAAAUGUUGCCAUAUCAAUGUCAUUUUCCUUAUUACAAGCCAGUGUACCAAACAACUGAUUUUAAAAUAUUGAAGGACUGAAGGCACCAUGUGGUUGGACGUAUCACACAGUGGGACCAAUACAACGUGUCUAGCGAAAGGUCACACAUUGCCCGUUAUUGUUUUAUAUUGAUCAUGAAAUGGUAGCAACAUAAUGUGGACUUCUGCCAAAUUGUGACCUGCUUUUCUAUUGUAGCAGUGCCAACAAGGCUGACAAAUUGAGGUGUGUGUGGAUUUUGUGUGUGUGUGCGCGCGUGUGUGCGGAUACGGUCACCCACUGCCUUCAAGGCAUAGCUGGACACAUCAUUAAGACUGCAGGUCAGAAUAAGGGAGCUCAUUACAGCGCUGGGUAAAACCUCGAGAAACCGAUUAUUUUUUUUUUUUUUUUUGAUCUACCGCCACAGGGUGGGAUCAGAGUGGACUUUAUUUUUACUGUCACGGGUGGGAAGGCCACAGAGGGUUUUCGCUUGCCCAGCUGCAUCUUGACACUUUGCUCAGCCAGCACAAGAAAACUGCGGUCAGAGGAGGACACUUGUUAUUCGUACUUUUAUUUUUGUAACAUAUUGUUUAGAACAGCACUCGCUAAAGCCAUUAGAAUCAGGAAACCACAUAAAAAGAUAAUUCCGUGUCAAAACUCAAAAUUCAAUCAAAUGGUCUUUCUGUUGAAAAGGAAUUUUCUAUACAAACAUGUUCAUUCUAUCCUGACUUUCUAAAUGUUCACAUUUAGUGUUAUUUCACAAGAGUGGGAUAUCAUGGAAAAGGAUUCCCCCCCCCCACCCAAAAUAUAAAAUAAAAAAUGGGAGCCCAUCUUCAAGCAUGGUGGAGACACUGAAAACACAAUUUUUGUUCAUAGAAAAAAAAAAAAGAAAUAUUAGAUUUUUUUUAAUUAGAAUGUUUAAGACAAAUAUAAUAGUCAUCUUCAUUCAAUUUGAAAGUGUUGUUUUCAAAACAAAAUGUUCAUCCUUUCCAAAUAUCUACAACUUCCACAUUCAUUCUACUUUCACGAGAAUUUUGUAGGAUAUCAUACAUACAAAAAGGGGCCCCAUAAAAAAAUGAGUCCAUCCACACACACACAAAAACAACGCAAUUAUAAUAUAUUCCAAAUCAUUUGAUAUGAAACAGUGAGGCUAAGCAGUAUAGAAAAUGGAUGGAUCUAAUUUGACACAACUAUAUUGUUUCAUUUUUGGACAUAAUGCUACUUAAGCUCAUAAUCUUCAUUAUUCAAAUCACAUCUUCAUUAACAUACAUCAAAAAUGUCCACUUCUAAUUUAUUUGAUUAAUUCAUAUCGAUCUACUACGGAGUGUGUGCAUGCAUGUGUGCGCGCGCGCGUGUGUGUUGCCUUUCUACAAGUGUUUUAAAAGACAACGUGAAGUGUUAACCCACAAAGAUCUUUGUUUACUGAAAAGCUAUCCAAAUACUGUAUUGUAUGCUCGUCUUCUUAACAAUGUGCACUAUGUUUGCAUGUACAGUUUUACAAAGGAUGCGCCAGUUCCUUUUUGUUAAAUACAACUGUGUUUUGAAGUAUAUAUGAUAUGAAAAUAAUUGUACAAAAAAAUGGCCUUAACUGAUUUUUCUGAAAAUUGUGCGAUGCCUUCACUUGAGAAAUUAUUUUGUGGUAGUGUUUAUAUUGCAUUCUGGUGAGAUUUCUUUGCACUUUUUUUUUUUGUUUUUUUUUGGGAGAGGUGGAGGUUUUUUUUUGUUGAUUUAUUAUUUUAUUUUUUUACAUAGUGAUUAAUAAUCAGAGAAAGCAUGGCUGAAUACUGAUUGUCUUAUUACAUAUGAUAGAUGACUAUUUCUGUAUUGAACUAUGGAUUUUUAAAUAAAUAUUCGUAUGAAACACUGUA